AUGGUGAAGGAAGAAGCUACAGGAGGGCAGUCGGAUGCGAGUGGAGACCAGUCGCCGACCAAGAAGAAGCGCUCACGAAGCAAAAGGAAGGAGCUGGGACUUCGCAGUCGACGGAGGGGCCCUGCUUCACCUGGCAACAACUCGAACGACGAGCAGUUUGGGGAUACGCACAAGCCUAAAUCUCGACAAUCUCGACAGCAAAGUGAAGCUGAAAAGCGCAACCAGGUUGAGAAGCAGCGGAAAAUCCGUCACGACGCGGGUGGUCGAGACGCCCCGACCAACAAUCGAUUUCUUCGUGCGAUUUCGGGACAACGAGCAGCUACCGGGAAAGCAGACCCAAUCGAAGCAAAAGAGCGUGAUGACAAAGGUGAUGAUGAUGACGACGAUACUGCAGAUACCACGACGAGUUUGCUGAAGAAAAGAGAGGCAGCACCAAGUGUGAAGUCCACCGAAGGGAUUAUUGUGACACCAGCAGCUCUGUACUCCGGUUGGUUCCAGUGUCAAUCCCAUUUUCCAGCAGCAAAGAGAUGGACACAGCAACUGAUCCAGCAAGAAGAAGCUGGACUUUUUGUUGAAGAGGAGAGGAAACAAUUCCAUCGCCUGGAGCAUAGUACACUGGACCGCCUUGAGGAACGUCUUCAUAGAGAGUUAUUCACCCCGGCGCAACGAGAAAAAACGUCAAGUUCUACCCUAACCGAGCAUAAGAGCCUUUCAGCAGCCCGCGUAAUACUGAAACAAGAAGGUGGGCUAAUGGAAGAGCUUCUCUUACUGGACACUCCGAGUCCUGACGCGCCUGUGGGAACUGCUUUACCUGUUGACGAUAACACGGUCACCAACAACUUCCUACAAGCAAAUGGCAGCUUACGGGAUAGUAUCAUCUCGAACGAACGGGAGCAGACACCAAAUCUAGCCGUGCUGGAGCUCUUUGUUGACCGUGUUGUACUUGACGACCACCCAACAUUUGCACUCGCAGACCGAUUGGCAGCUCAGCUGCGAGCUUUAUACACAGCGUAUGCUCGAAUGCAGCAACUACAGCCAUGGCAACUGUCACUACAGUGUCUCAACGAGUUCGUUUCCAUGAUUACCGAUAAACUAGCGGAGCCAGAGGCACAAAAAAGCAAAUGCGCUAGAACGGAGCUAUCCUCGCGCCAAGUGCUACAAGAAGUAAAUCAACUACUGACGGAUUUGGAGGCUUUAAGUCUGCUACACCAGCAAAUUCUUGGUAAGGGUAAUGAGCUACGCGAUGCAGGCAGCCGAGCUGGGCCUGGAGCUACUCUUCGAGUGAAGCAACGACAACGCGCACAACCAAUAGAUCUCUCUCAUGUCGAGGCAGCUUUGGAGCUUCUUGAAGUGGAGACAGAAAACCAGCAAGACGAAAAUCUGGAGAAUGGUAACAUUCAGACAGCUAUGAGGAAAAUCUCUGAGCGCUUGGCUACGAUUACCUCCACGUCCACCCAAACGCUGCGAACUGUCCUGCAAUUGGAAAGUAUUGCAGGUGACAAUCGUUUGAAUGAGGUAUCAUUUUGGAGCCCAAGGUUUUACGUGGUGCUUCGAGUGAAUGGGAAAAUCGCAUGCUCGACGAAGAUCCGUCCGUGGAUUCGUGGUGAUGUCCGAUUCUCUGAAAAGUUGUGCUUCACGUUGCCAUUUUUCCCCUCUUCGGUUUGUGCUGAAAUUUACGAGCGUCGGAGACUUCUUCGUGACGAGCUUGUCUCUACGAAUGCAGUCCCUGUGGUUAUACCGGGGCAAAACGUGACUAGGAACGCAUCUUCGAGAUCGCGAUUAUCGCUCAGGGAUAGUUGGGGAGACGAUGACUCGCAUCACCUGGUACCGGCAGCUAGUCUCACACCAAGCGACGAAUGGUACCAGUUCAGUAGCACGGCUGCCAUCGCGCGGUCGCAAUGGCAUCGAUCGUUUCACAAUUCGCCGCUGUUUGCAAACUCGACUCGAAGGACCCACGGUCGGUUGCGUCUUCGGGUAUCCUGGGUUCCGGAGACCACCACUUUUGGUUCUCAGCGUAGCAUUGGAGAUGCUGUGUAUCUUCCUCCGAAGCGCCCUGACACCGCUGGAGGCUCUCAAACUCCUUCUUCUUGCGCAGUUCAGCUCAUUGGCAAACCUCCCAAGCCGAAUUCGACUCAUCUAUCCCAGUACCUCUGUGACUCUGGCUUCAGUAGUGAACGCGACUUUCUUCGACUUGUUGAGCCCCAACAACUCCCAGUUGACCCAAAUGAUCCUGACAACGUAGCCGUGAGACGCUUACAGGUCUACUACAUGCAGCAACAAAAGGAGGCGAAAGCUGUGGGCUUGGGUCGACGCGAAGUCUUUCGUACAAGUGAGAUACCUGGACCCUUGGCAGGUAGUGGCCGUGGACUCACGAAGCGGAACCGACUUUUGCGACUUCGAGACCGUGAGUACGUGUCUCGACACGGAUCAAGUUUCUGCGAUGCCAUUUCCAGCCGCGACACUGGCAAAGUGGAACCACCACGGUGGAUUCCUCAGCACGCAGUGUUUGAUGAACCGUUGCCGCUCCUAGAGCACGAGCUGUUGGCGGAUGAGCGCCUACUACGGCUUUUGCGUCCAGAGUUGCAUGCUUUCGACCGCCGCUUGCUGUCCGAGGAGGCCGAACGCGCCGAUGCGUCCAUCGUUGAACGUCACCGAGUACGACAACUCCUGAAGCUUCAGGACUUCCGUGAACGCGUAAGGCAAACCCAAAUUGUGAGCACCUAUAAUACCGACAACAGCAAUCAGGAAGCAAAAGCCGGUCGGUCAAAGCCUUUAGCAGCUAUUGUGCAGGAGAAGCCUUUGCCAUUAUUCCCUGGGACGUUCGAGUUCCCAGCGAUUGGCGAACUAUUCGCCCCAAGGCGGCGACUGCGACCUCGUGCCAAAGCACCAGCAGCUGUGCCCUCAGCACAAACUGCAGCACAUUGGCCCACAGCUUGUACGCUAUACGUACAGGUUCAAAAGGCGACGAAUGUUCCGGUCAGAAUUAAACCUCCUCGAAAUGCAGCUGAAGCUGAGGAAAUCGCAACGACAGGAAGGCGUCGGCGUGAUACUUUGCAUCGGACCGUGAAGAGCCCGCGAAUGAUGACCAUGCCUCCAGACAACCAGAGCGAAGAGAGCGAAACACCACGCGGGGGCAUCGAAUACGAAAGUCACGUAUUCGUACAGGUUAGUUUCCAGGGUAAAACUCGACAAACUUCGUGCGCCACGGUCAUGGGAACAGUGGGCAAACGAAGUCAUGGUGCCGGUGCGCACCCAAUGUGGAUGGAAACUGUAGCGCUGCCUGUUCGGCCUCCACAGGACGAUUGGAGUCCGGAAGGCAUCGAAAGUACACAAGACGUCAUCCGGUUGAGCAUUUUUGACCAAGUGACUCGCUCUGCCUCGACGUCAGCGACCGAGGAGGAUCGAAAGGAAGGAGAAGAACGCCUUGGGGCUCAAACUAGAGCCCUACACCGAGAAAACUGUUUUCUCGGUAGCCUGGAUGUACCUUUCUUGACGCUUUAUCGUGCUGGUCGUCUGGAGGGCUCAAUGCGUUGCGAGAUGCCUGUAGAACAUCUAGGUUACGCCAAUCUCCAGGUCGGAUCCACAAGCGGGGCCACGUCAAGCAUUGUUAAGUCUUCGACAGGACCUCCUUCCGCUGCUUCUUCGGACGGCGAGGGUGGGUUGCCACGACAGCGUCGCAAACGAGGAAUCUCACGCAGCGGUCCUACAAGCCAAAGGCGAUCGUCGAUGAGUCCACGAAGCCUUAAAGCUAGCGAUAUCGAGGAUGAUGAAGAUGAAGACACCGGAGGACUUGGAGUGAAACAAGCUGCACGUGAAGCUACUUUCUUGAAGCUUACAUUGCUCCUGGAUCCAGUUCUCCCCGUGGCUAGCGAGGCACCAAGUCACGACGAAAAAGAAGCAUUCACCUCUGGUGCUGCAAAUGCACAAGACAAACAAUUUCUUGCCCACGCGCAACGCUGGACUACCACAGUGCGAAACUCCGCACCAGCAAAUGCGGUACGACGUCGGAAGUACAAUACUUUUGUUCGCAACCUGAAUCAUGGAGCCACUUUCCUGCCUCGGUUCCUACGAGCACAACCACCACCUCCAGAACUUCAAGCAGCGUCUUUAGCGACCCUCAUUCGCUACGUGAGCUUAAUACCAUUCCUAGACGACUGGUUAGCCUUUGAUGGCGACAAGGAUGUCUGGAGCACCACGCAAGAGUUCUUAAACAUAGGCGCUGGAGAUCACGAGGAGCACGCAGUGCUGUUGGCGAAUUAUUUCAUGUGGUACGAUCGUCGUCACCGGAAACAAGACGAAGGCCAUAAGUCUUCCAGGACUUAUCUUGUUCUCGGCCAUUCAGUACCAGAAGGCAAUAUCGUUCUCGUGUUCCGGCGUGGAAUUCUUUGGAAUGCCAGCACUGGGGUGGGGUACGCUGUUUCCGACCCUCAUUGUCCCCUUCGUGACGUCUCCCUUGUUGUCUCAAGUAAAAACGUGUUUGCAAACGUGCAGCCUUUGACGUUUGCAUUGGGAGCUCCAGUAGGGGGCUCUCAUGACCUCAACUGGGACAUCGAGAGCAACACCAAAUGCUGGAAACCUUUCUUCACGGCUAGGAACAUUACGUUACCGCCCAGUGUGCAGCGCCGCGAGCUGACUUACAGCGAGACGCCACCUGAGUUUGUGGAACAAGUGGAACGUGAACUUAGAGAAGCGCUGAAACUCGCCGUACGCCGUUGGCGCAGCACUCAUUUUGCCACCAACUUCAACGAAGCGGCAGGUUUGCAGCUACGGGACCACUUGAAGGUUCUUGAACGUGAAGCUAAUGGCCAACACGGAAACCAGGAAGCUUUGGCUAUGUCGUCUAUUGCUGCAGACGACGGCAGGACGAGUCCGCGGUCAACUAGGAGCCUCAAGCAAAAACUGAAAAUGAAACUCGCCCUGCCACUUCGGAGAGCGCAUCCAGGCAGCAGCGUGUUGCGCGAGCUGCAGCGGUCACGGGAGGUUUGCGGCUUGCCACUUCACGUUUCCUUCACUGAUAUUCCGCGAGUACUUGAUCUCGUCGCGAACACGGUACGUUUAGGAUCUGCACCUGCUACUGUACUAUAUAUUUUUGCUGUGAAUGAAGAGCUAACACAGUUAUGA